CACACGGCGGCGGAUCAGCCAACGAUUCAUUCGCCAUUCGCCAACCAGGGCAGUUUGGCAGCGUCUGGCAGUUUUUCUUGUCCCUCGUCGCCAUGUCCCCUCGACGGUAUGUGCCAAUCGCGCUGUGCCCCAAGCUUCCCGCGACAAUUCGAUCUAGACGGCAGACACCGGGGGCCAGGCUUCGGUUCGGUCGGCGGCGGUGGUGCUGGUGACGAGAACGAAUUUGAUCACGAAUUACCUACCGACCUACUCUUACCCGACAGACCACACUGACUAACUAUUAACCUAACUAAUAACUGUCCACUCGGUGGCAGAGCGAGAGAGAGUGGGCAGAGUGAGUAUGAACGGGGGCAGAGAUGCGGGCUUGGGGCAUCUCCAUAGCGCAGCCCGGCGCUAGUCUUUUCUGCCCUCCCCAAUCUCGCCCUUUCUGGUGCCGGAACACGGCUUCUACCGCGGUUGACACUCUGGGUGUAAGUGUGAGUGUGAGGAUAGGAAAAGCUGGAGUGAACAGCAGCAGAAAACAAACAUUCAUGACUGUAGAUACCAUACAUACAGUAGAUACAUCCACCCAUCCGUCCGUCCAUACACACAUACACGUACAUACACGUCAAGGCUAUGCCGCCCAUGCCGCCGCUCCAGCCUUUCUUUACCCGGCGCACUCCAGCACCAGCACCAACACCAGCAUCAGCAGCAGCAUCAGCAUCAUUCUGCCCUGCGCCGCAUGUGAACUCUCUCCAGGUCCUCCCCUGUGCCACUCACGCAAGGUCUUCAACCGCUCGCAUCUUCUUUCUCCUUCUUCUCCUUGUCUCUCGCUCACUCCUCUCUUUGUCUAUAUAAAUCACUUUCCCGUCUCCCUCCCAUCAUCAUCGCCUCUACCUGCUGCUUACCGUUUAAAAUACGCGCGAAUCAUGGCCUUCGUAAUAUGUAAUUAGUAGUAGUAGUCGCCGUUAUCGCAUCGCAUCCGCACACAACCCACAGACGCUGCAGCACCACCACCAUCCUUCGUUCUCCGAAAGGAUCAAACUCCGAUGCGCUGAAACAAGGAUUAUUAUGGGAGGACGAGGGGGUGCUGCAUGACUCGCUAGCCUGUCGUUCUCGCUCG